CAGUAAUUGGGAAAGACAGGUAUUGAAUCCAAGACUAUCAUGUAACCAUAUGUAAAUAGUACUUGAAGGUUUUGGUGCUGCUCCUCCAAGUGAGAGCCUCCCCAGUUUCACUGAAACUACAAAAUUCACAACUAAUUAUUCUUAAUACAUAAUCAUAAAAAUAUAUCACCAUGGCGGCGAAGGCCCUUCCUCCCUCUUCUGUGGGCACUUCCCCAGCUAUCCAGCCUCCGAAACCCAUCGCCACCGACCUACCGUCAUCGCCGCCAUCGCUAAAGCUUAUUGAAAGUUGCCACAGCCUCACGGAGCUCAAGCAGUUACACUGCCACUUCAUCAAGAAUGGCCUUUCUCACAGCGCUUCUCAACUCAACAACCUCAUCGCCGCUUACGUCGACGUGGGCACCCACCACAGCCUCGACUACGCUCGAAAAUCUUUCGAUUAUUUCUAUGAGGAAACAGCCGCGGUUUCCUUGUUCGCCUGCAACUCUCUCCUCAGAGGUUACGCUUCAACUGGCCUUUGCGACCAGGCUAUCUUGCUCUACAUUCACAUGGCGGAGAUGGGCGUUUUACCCGAUAAGUUCACCUUCCCGUCCUUGCUGAGUGCGUGCUCCAAAGUUAUGGCUUUUGCUGAGGGUCUUCAAGUUCAUGGGGCGCUUCUUAAGAUGGGUUUCGAGGGAAAUAUCUUCGUCAGAAACUCUCUCAUACAUUUCUACGCCGAAUGCGGCAGAGUUGACUUGGGACGCAAGGUGUUUGAUGGAAUGCUUGAGAGAAAUGUUGUGUCUUGGACUAGUUUGAUCAAUGGGUAUGUUGGGAGGGACUUGCCUAAGGAAGCUGUUUCUCUGUUCUUUGAGAUGGUUGAUACUGGGAUUCAACCCAAUCCAGUUACCAUGGUUUGUGUUAUAUCUGCUUGUGCCAAGUUGAAGGAUCUUGAAUUGGGGAAAAAAGUUUCUUCUUAUAUUGGUAAGUUGGGCGUGAAGCUUAAUGCUGUCAUGGGGAAUGCACUCGUUGAUAUGUACAUGAAAUGUGGAGAUAUUGAUAAUGCAAGUAGAAUUUUUUAUGAAUGUGUUGAUAGGAAUUUGGUUAUGUACAAUACGAUCAUGUCGAAUUAUGUCCAACAUGGGCUGCCAGGUGAAGUGCUAGUAGUUUUGCGUGAAAUGCUGCAACAGGGACCACGCCCAGAUAAGGUAACAAUGUUGUCUACAAUUGCGGCCUGCGCGCAGUUAGGUGAUCUAUUUGUUGGGAAGUCGUCCCAUGCUUAUGUCUUAAGAAAUGGACUUGAAGGUUGGGAAAAUAUUUCCAACGCCAUCAUCGACAUGUACAUGAAAUGUGGUGAGAGAGAAUCUGGGUGCAAAGUAUUUGAGCAGAUGCCAAACAAGACAGUGGUGACAUGGAAUUCGCUAAUUGCUGGUUUGGUUAGGGAUGGUGAUGUGGAAUUAGCUUGGAAAAUCUUUGAUGAGAUGCCAGAGAGUGAUCUUGUGUCUUGGAACACUAUGAUUGGUGCUUUGGUUCAAGUAAGCAUGUUUCAGGAAGCGAUUGAGCUAUUCAGGGAGAUGCAAAACCAGGGAAUUGAAGCAGACAGAGUGACCAUGGUUGCUGUUGCUUCUGCCUGUGGAUAUCUAGGAGCUCUUGAUCUUGCUAAGUGGGUCUAUACCUACAUUGAGAGAAAUGACAUUCAGAUUGACAAGCAGCUCGGCACAGCUUUGGUUGACAUGUUUUCUAGGUGUGGUGAUCCCCAGAGUGCUUUGCGUGUUUUCACGAAAAUGGACAAACGGGAUGUGUCAGCUUGGACUGCUGCCAUCGGUGUUAUGGCAAUGGAAGGAAAUACAAAGGGGGCUAUUGAGCUUUUCAAUGAGAUGCUCAAUCAAGGGGUUAGACCAGACGAUGUUGUUUUUGUAGCAUUAUUGACUGCAUGCAGCCAUGGUGGCUCUGUGGACCAAGGUAGGCAACUUUUCAGGUCAAUGAAGACAACUCAUGGAAUCAGUCCUCAGAUUGUUCACUAUGGAUGUAUGGUUGAUUUGCUUGGUCGAGCUGGGUUGUUGGAAGAAGCUCUUGAUCUUAUACAAUGUAUGCCUAUGGAACCUAAUGAUGUUAUAUGGGGCUCUCUUGUAGCUGCUUGUCGGAAACAUAACAAUGUCGAAAUGGCACAAUAUGCAGCUGAGAAGAUAACUCAACUGGACCCUGAAAAGGUUGGCAUUCAUGUGCUGUUAUCCAACAUAUAUGCAUCAGCUGGAAAAUGGAAUGAAGUUGCAAGAGUGAGGCUGCAGAUGAAAGAAAAAGGGAUCCAGAAAGUGCCUGGAUCAAGCUCAAUAGAGGUUCAUGGACUGAUACACGAGUUUACCUCCGGCGAUGAAUCGCACGCAGAGUAUACUCAAAUUGGAUUAAUGCUACAGGAGAUAAACUGCAGGCUAAGCAAGGCUGGAUAUGUCCCUGAUACAACCAAUGUCUUACUUGAUGUUGAUGAGCAGGAGAAAGAGCAUUUGCUCAGCAGGCACAGUGAAAAACUAGCCAUGGCUUAUGGACUCAUCACUACUGAUCAAGGUGCACCCAUAAGGGUUGUAAAAAAUCUUAGAAUGUGUUCCGAUUGUCAUUCAUUUGCUGAAUUAGUGUCAAAAUUAUACAGUAGGAAAAUCAUUGUUAGAGAUAAUAAUAGGUACCAUUUUUUCAGGGAUGGAUUUUGUUCUUGUAGAGGUUAUUGGUAA